AUGAUAAAAUAAUAUAGGGGGCAUAAUUCGCCAACUAUUUUUCACACUUGUAUAUAAACCCUGCGAUUCUCUUCCAAAAAUAUCAUUCACUUGUCUUUACAAAUCUUUGAGCUUUUAUCUCUUUCUCAGAAACUAAGAAAACAUGAACUCCUUCGUCGUCGUUCUUGCCGCCGUGGUCGUGGGUGCUUCCGCUGGAAAUAUUGGUUACGCUGGAACCUACGGAUACCCCGGAUAUGCCGGAGCUUACGCCGCCCCCGCAGUAGCUUCUUAUGCUGCUGCCCCACUCGGCUAUGCUCACGGAGCUUAUGCUGCCCCAGCCAUCCGAACCUACGCCACCACCAAGGCCGUCGUUGCUGCCGCCCCAGUCGCUGCUUACGCUGCUGCCCCAGUUUCUUACGGAUACGGUCACGGAAUUGCUCACGGUCACGGACUCGCUUACGGUGCCGGACACGGACUCGCUUAUGGUCACGGAAUCGCCGCCGCCCCAGUCUCAUACGGAUACGGUCACGGUCACGGUCUUGCUUACGGAGGACUUGCCGGUCACGGAAUCGCCGCUGCUCCAGUUGCUUACGGAUAUGGUCAUGGUCACAACCUCGGCUAUGCUGGUUUGGCCCACUAUUAAAUUAUUCCCCUAAUUUUAUAGUAUUAUUUAGUAAGGUCAGCGUUGUUUGUGAAUUUUCAACUCAAUUGUCGAGGUAUCUCUGUGCAUCAGUAUUGUGUAAAUUGUAUGUGAAGAGUGUGUAUUUAAUUCGAAAUAAAUUUUUCUCAAAAUCAA